CUGUUGGUUCGAUACAUCAGAAGGUUCGUGGCAAACGUCAGAACAAGACGCCGAGACGCUAGGCUAGAUGAAAGAAAAUUUUGAUCGAGUGAUAUAUUAUAUAGUUUCACCAUACACACAGUAUUAAUAAUACUUACAUAUCAAUAAACUUUAUUAACCAGUAUUGUUGUGAACUGUGCAGUUUUUUAUAGUCAUAGAUUUUUUCAAAAUCCUAGAAGUCAUGGAAAUUUAUUGAAUAUUUAUCAAGGACUACAUUAAAUAAGCUUACUAACAUGUGUGACCCUUUUUGGGAAUCACUUGCUGACGUUUACAUAGCUAACCAGAGUGAUGAUGUUCAUGAAGAUGAAUAUAUUUAUUGUCUUUGUAGCAGAGUUUUUAUAAGGAAUCCUGAAGUUUAUUCAAUACUAGCUCAAGACGAAGAAGGUGUAGAUGAUAAUCCUGAAAAUGAUUGUUUACCAGAGAUGCUCGAUAUUCAUAAACAGAAUCUUCAAGAAGCUCAAAUCACUGAAAAACAUGAUGAAGAACCAGUCAGUUGUUAUUGUAGUGCAUCACAUACAGACAACAAUUAUUCAACAGAUGAAUACGAUUCCGUGAGAGACUCUGUACAUAGGUCCACAGCACAGACUUUUAAUCAGAAGUUAGGUUUACAUCAGUCUGAUUCAGGUGCAGAUUUAUCUGAAUAUCAUGAACAUGAAGCUAAAAAUAUUCAUGGAACAACGAUAAACAAUGAUAAACCGAAGACAUUUCAGGCGCUCAAACAUACAGGACUGAAUUUUGAUACUUAUCGUGAUAGUGUUUUAUCAACUAUUGACUCUACGAUCUAUGAUCCUUAUUUACAUGCUAAUAUUUUAUACGGAACUGAUGAGAGAAGACCAAUAGAUAUUGCUUGGGAAAAAUUUUGGGGUGAUAAUGGAGAACAGUUAAUUUGGUCUUCUUGGAUUGCCAAAUAUGCUGAUUAUAUUAAUCCAGAAUAUUUAAAAGAUGUUGAAUCAUCUGUAGAAACUAAAAAAUCCCCUAAAGAUCCACCUGAAAAAUUUUCGGAGCAAAAUACAUGCUUUCCAAAUCAAGCGCACAAAAAUUGUGGACUUGAACGAUCAAAUUUCGAGGGAAUUUUUCAGAAAUCAAGAUCUAGUGAAUCUGAUGGUAGAAGUAGAAAAAAUAGUGUAAGUUUUUCAUUUGACAAUGUUGAUAUUCAAGCCCUGAAUGAAAAGGAAGCUGAAGAAAAUCGUAAAAAACUAGGAAAUUAUGAUGAAUCGGAAAUGGGUGAAGGUUGGAACCCAUUAAGUCCAUAUAGCAUUGAAGAAAGCUAUAAUCAAACUUCAAAUGCUGAAGAUGAGAGACUGAUUGCAAUGUCUAGAUGUGAUUCUGUUAGUGGGUCGAUCGCAAAAACGAAUGCUACUUCAGAUUCUAUGACGAAUGUUACUAAAAUAACUCUGUCUGAAUCAAGUUUCGAUUCUAAUUCAGCACGAUCUCUAAGUCUUGUAAGUUCAGUAACAAGUUCUAUAGAAAGCAAUAUAACAACUAAUAGUAGUUCAGAUCAAGAUAACGAAUUAACUUCAAACGAUAAUGAUAAAUAUUGGCAAUAUCUUUGGAAAUUAAAUUUUCAAGUUAUGUAUCAAAAGCAUUACGAACAUUUUAUAUCAAAAUAUGAUGAAAAAGUAACAAAAAAAAUGCCUGCCUCUAGUAAUAUUAAUCUACAAAGAACAUUUAAUGAAAAUGACUUAAUAACACCUGUUAAAGGAGUACGCAAAGAACGGAAAGAUUCAGAGAGUAAAAUUGGCAAUAAAAAAUCUCUAUCCAAGAGACGUAUUGCUGAAUCGAAGAGAAAAAUAAUUGAUUCUGUAGGCGUCCUCAUGAAAAAUUUAUCCGUAAAAUCUAAUGAAUUGGAAGUUAUGGAAUCUGAAGGUCAAUCUAAUAAUCAAGAGAAUCAAUCUGAAAAAAACGAAAAUGAGAACUCUCAGACGCACAACGUAGAUCAAACUUCCAAAACUACAACCGAUAAUACUAUGAUAAAUGAUCUUUGUGAUGGUGAUGGUGACAAACCAGAAGAAAAUAAACCAAUAAGUUUGAAACGAACUCAUGCUUUGGAUCUUGAAGAAACAGAAGAAGGGAUGGAAACAAUAAAAAAAGCAUUUUCAUUAAUGGGAUAUACAUUUAAUGAAAAGGAGAAUCAAGAGAAACUUCAAGGAGAAGUAAUUUAUCGCAAAAGACAUGUAAGACUUCCCAAUAGACAAUUUAAAAUGAAAUUUAAUAGGAAACCUGUGAAUAAACAUAGUUAUUUUGAUGAGAAUGGAUUGGAAAUUACUAGUACAAUUGAUAAAGUAAAGCAAUAUUUGUCAUACUGUCCUAUUGCACUUCCUACUGAAACAGAGCUUCAACCUAAUGAGAAAGGUUCUUAUACCAAAGUACAAUUUACUUCCAGUUCGGAUGAAGAAUGUGAUUCUGGUCUGAACAAAAAACUCAAUGCGAAACGAUUGGUAUUCAGUAAACCUUCCACAAGUUCUAUGGAGACUCCACCGGAUUUGAAUAUUACUUUCAAUAGCUGUGAAAGUACUGAUGAUGUGUUCGACAAAAAGCAGGAAGAUCGAGCCAUUGAAACAGUUGAAACUGGAGACAAUAAUGAAAGUCAAGCUAAUCUAAUUGGAAUUGAUUGUAACACAAAACUUCAAGAAAAAAUUCAUAUUGAUAUAAAGAUUGAAGACAAUUGUGAUGAAAGUGAGAUAUUGAAUAAUAAAACAGUUGAUGAUGAUAGCGUUAAAAAAUCUCAGAAAAAACGAAGAAGAAAACAGAAUAAAAGAAACAUAAGUCUUCCUAUUGAAAUAGAUAACGAUAGGGAUUUAAUGAAAUAUUGGGUGAGAAGAUAUCGUCUUUUCAGUAAAUUUGAUCAAGGAAUUAAGCUAGACCGAGAGAGUUGGUUUUCUGUGACGCCAGAAAAAAUAGCUGCGCACAUAGCAGAGAGAUGUCGAUGUGACACGAUAAUCGAUGCAUUUUGUGGUGCUGGAGGAAACACUAUUCAAUUUGCAAUGACGUGUGAAAGGGUGAUUGCUAUUGAUAUCGAUGAGAAAAAAAUAGAACUUGCACGUAAUAAUGCUAGGGUUUAUGGUGUUGAAGAUAGAAUAGAAUUUAUCGUAGGAAAUUUUCUUCAGUUGGCUGAUAAACUUGUUGGUGAUGUUGUUUAUCUUAGCCCACCUUGGGGAGGACCAAGCUACGCACACGUUGAUGUAUUUAAUCUUAAUACAAUAUUACAACCGGUUGGGGGACAAGCACUAUUUAAAGCAGCGCAACAAAUCUCAUCUAACAUCUGCUAUUUUCUUCCAAAAAAUGUUAAUACCCUUCAGCUUGCUAUGCUGGCAGGACCAGGAGGUGGGGUUGAAGUAGAGCAAAGUUUUUUAGAUCGAAAACUUAUAGCGUUAACAGCGUAUUAUGGUGAACUUCUCAGGGAUUGAUAGUAUCAAGAGCAUUGUAAUGUCAACGAUAUGACACGGUAGCCAUUUAAAUAACAACAAUAACGACAUUAAUGCAAUAUUUAUGAAGGGACACUUGUACUAUACUGGUUUCACGUUACCGCCCAUGUGUGUACUCCAAAAAGAAGCGCUCAAGAAUUAAUCAAGUAUUUUAAAUGGCUUCCGAACGAUAAUUUUAAAUUUUUAUUGUAAACUUGUAUGGUUUUACUAUUGAUUAUAAAUAAGUUAAUCACCGAACGUGGAAUUUUUAACCAUGCUCAAUAUGAUCAUUUUACGUAUAUUAAAUCACUGAUAGUGAAAAUAUGAACUUGA